CUGUAUUGUUGACACAAUGGCGAACGCAGAUGAGAAAAACGCAGGCCUCGACUCGUCGGAUCUUGGAUUGAUUAAAAGGAUAAUGAUGGAUUCAAAUUCAAUCCACGAAAGUGUUGAAAAUUAUUCAGUGCCAGGCGCACAAUUGUCAGACAAACAGACAUUCAAGAACAAGGAAGGAAAUGGUGUCACUGCAUUCCCGGUCUUGGUUGAUUUUCGAAGAUUGCUGCAGCUGGCACCUAGUCUUGCAUCCCUGGCAUGUGAGGGGGGAAAUGCAAUGAUACCAGGCAUCAGCAACAGAGAGCUGCUGCAUGCAGUGGUUGGUCUGUAUGAUGUUUCUCUAUCUGACAUGACUCCAGAUGUUCUCUAUUCAUCUGUCUGUGAUAAAUGGGCAAGGACAGUUGUACUAGUGAGAGAUAUACAAGAAACUAUGGAAGACUUAACAAAAAGAAAGACAACAAGAAGAAAUCUGGUCCAAAAGGAAGGAGAAGAAGAUCAAAAGAAGAAGGAGGAGGAAGGGGAAGAUAAAUAUGAAGAGGAAGAAGCCAGCCCCAGCAAGUUUGCUACAGUGUACAGUGACACUGAGUCAGAGCCCGAAGAGGAAGAUGAUGAUGAAGAGGAUUUUUCCAAAGGAAUAAACAGCUUUAUUAAAAAGGCAGCAGAGAGACGCACACAACAGAAAAAUACAGAGUCUGUGUCUGAAGAUCUGGUGGGGAUUGAGAAUAGAAUCAUUGGGGCUAUCACAUUUGAGAAAAAGUACAUAAACAAAGACAGAGUAAUACAUCUUACACUGCUCUCUGUUCGAAAAAGAUAUAGGAAAUUUGGCAUUGGCAAAUACUUAUUACAGCAAAUCUUGGAGCCAGAGGUGGUUGGGCAUUAUGAUGCUAUAGUAGUCCAUGCAGACAAUGGUGCUGUAGAAUUCUUUCAGAAAUUUGGCUUUUCUGAUGACAUUGUCCUCAACAGCCGAUGGAGUGAAUUGGCAGAACAGUUUACAAACUGUACACUAAUGUGCUAUCUCCCAGCUUUCUCAGGUCACACAUUGCUUUCCAGUCUAAAAAUUCCAGGUUUAGAGGUAUUUGAAUUGGAGCAGCAGUUUAAUAAAUGGAAAGAAAAGACAACAGAGGUGUACCAACAACAAGUAUCCAUUGUCAUGAGGAUGAAACAUGAAAUCAUCCAGCUUAAAUGCAUGAAUGAGAAACAGAAUCAAUUGAUAGAUACACUAAUUCUGGAGAAUGAACGGCUUAAGAAAGAAAAACUUAUUAUAGAAAAAGAAUACCUUGACCAUCGCCUGUCAGCAGUCAAGUCAGGUGUCUAUGAGAAUGUAAAAAUCAAUGAUAUUAUUCCUCGCGGAUUCUUGCCGGCAGAUGAUGAAGAUGACAUUGAUACUAAUGAUCUAAUUUCUGGUCUACAAAGAGAGGUGGAUCUCAUGGACUUAGCCAUUAAGCGUGAGAGACUUCAGUGUCUGGUUGAAUCAGACCCAAUCUCCAAGAGUAAAUUCACCACUGUUGGUGGGAGUCAGUAUAUGUCAUUUCCCACAACCAAAAACAAAAAGCAAGGUGAACCAUAUGAUCACAUGAAAGAUGCUGCAUUCUUCUAUGAUGUGACUGAACAGUUCAAAAAGGGAAUGAAAAUGGAUCCCCAAAUCAAAAGCAGCUAUGAAGUAACCACUAUUUCAAAGGCAACAUUAUCUGAUUCUUAUGUGGAGAAGUACAGAGAGCAGAUAAAGCAGAUGAAGGAGCCGUCUCUUAUAGCGGACUUGUACUUCUGUGGGGGGUUGGAACACCCAGAGAGACUCAAUGACAUCCUCAAACAUGGCUUCAAAGAGUCAGAUUUCAUUUAUGGUGAAUAUGGUCGAGGGUUGUAUUUCUCCAAGUAUCCUUCCAAAGCUGCCCAGUUUUCUGCUCUUGGGAAAAUUCUCCUGGUGGAGGUUGGCCUUGGUAACAUAGAGACAGUAAACAUACAGGACAAAACCAGGAAAUCUCCCAGCAGCUCACAGUUUGAUUCUAUCAUUACUUCAGGUCGACUUCAGUCAGCCAGUGGAGGGGGUGAUGUUGUUUAUAAUGAGGAGUAUAUCGUCUUUAACAUCACACAGGUCAUGCCUCUGUGUCUGAUCAGCUAUGCAGGGACUUGAAACUUCAACAUCACCCCAGCCCUGUAUAACCAUCUACAGCACAAUCUAGUACCUUUUUACAUUGACUGUGUACCUGUCAGUUGGAGGACUGUAAACUGGCUAAAGGAAUGAAUUUUUAGUAUUAAUAAGUCAUGCAUUUCAUAUACAGACUGUAUUGUGCAGUCAACUUUUCUGUAUCAGAAAUCAAUUUUUCAUCUUUUAAUAUUCAUGCAAAUUUAUUUACACCAUUACUAGUCAAAGAACAAGAUCUGAUACGACUCUCUAUUUGCCCUCAAACUAGUUUGAAAUUAAAUCUGUUGAAAUAUUUUUGUGUACAUGCAUGAUAACC